UUUUACCCUCCAUGGUGGGAAUACGUUAGCAUGAAGAAGCAAGCGGAGUUCGAAGAAAUGACGGGAGAAAAAAUUGGGCGUUUAUGGUUCUUUUCAUUCCAUUUAUAUGUGAUCCAUUUUUCCGUCAGGACAUGUGGUUGAAAAGGAUGCGGCGCUGCUAAUAUAUCUUUAGGGCGGACCUGUUGUUUAUCGUGUUUACAUAUUCCAAACGUUCGAUGUCAAGUAUAGUAUGAACGGAAAAAUAGAAGUGCGUCCAUUAAGGGACGCCUCGAUCUUCGAUUUCGAGCUAGGCUUGGAAGGUUCCUCGUCGUCCAGUGCGGAUGUUUCUGAGAUAGAAAUGCUAGGUACUGGUGAAUGAAAUUCGUUCUAUCUGUUGUAUCGCGUGUCUCUCGCUCAAGUCUUUCUCUUUUCGUCCGAGCCAUCCUCAUGGUCGGAGCAAGAGUGAGAGUACCGCUGAAAAACACCUUUGGUUGUCUCCAGCACCGUCAUAGACCAUCCUUCCAGUACAUCGUGCUCGCUGGCAUACCGUGCUCUAUUCUUGUUCGAGAGCCUUGUAGUAGUUGCAGGUCGAUACGAGGGAGUAUGGGAUUUUGCGAUGCUAAAGCGAAUGAAAAAAACGAACAGGACACACGAGUGACGUCACUAGCUCAACCCUAUCCACCAUACACAUUCCAAAAUCCCUUCUCCUCCACCGCCAGUCCUAUAUUCCCCUUGGUUCUCUCGUCUAUGGGGUGUGGAUAGUGAAAACUGGCAGAUAUACACUCGGAGCGGGCAAAGGACCAAGAAGGCUCAGGUGCGCACGUGUCUGUUUCAUUCGAAUGUUACGCAAUCUGCUGGAGCCAGGAAAGUUGGGAAAGAAGACGUAGCGAUAGCCCUGGAAGCUGUCGCGGCCUCGCAGCGUCGAAGGUUGGUCGAGAACACGUAAAGGCCAGGUGCACGUUGUGGUCCAUCCUACGCGAACAAAUGUCGUUCAGUCAAUGGCAGAAAGCUGAAUCCCAGUGGUGGGUAGCACUGGAGCAAACCGUGCAUGGUGUUGGCGUUGGCGUUGGCAAUGGUACCGGUACUGUUCGUGUCACUGCGAAAGA